CUGCAAACCUGUCCGGCCUGCAGCACAGCACUCCCCAAGCCGGGCGAUGCCGUGAUCUCAGUUCUCAACCCGCCUGACGACCACAUGACAAGCGUUCUCAGUGGACUCAGUCCCAGCGCCACAACAGAAAUCUGCACUCGUGGGAUCGCCUUCUGGACUUAUCGAGUAUCCCAGGAAGUGUAGGCGUUUGUCCCAUUCCCACCCCUAGUAGAGGGAUUGACUGUGGCCAAAAUUUUAUCAAUAAGGUCUUGCAACAUCUUUACGAGCACGGGAGCCGAGAUUCGAGGGGAGAACGAGAAGAUUGUGCGUGAUACAAGUGCAGAGGUCUCCGCGCUGCACAAUAAAAUUGCCGGAAUAGAGCUUGUUGAGGAUGAGUUAGGAAGGAAAACCCGUGAGCAGGUGCAGGGACGGAGGCGGAAGGCAAGGAAGCUGGCACAA